UACCAAAUUCACCCUCAUCAAAUCUCUUAUGUUUUGUUCCUAAAGUUUACCAACUAGAGACGUAGACAAAAUUAUCAUAAAGAUGCGGAUCCAAAUACAUCCUACUAAUUAUUAUAGGCAAUCAUAAUAUAAUAUGUAUAAGAGGAAUGGAUAAUAGUCAAGAAUUAGUCGAACCAUCAAUAAAAGAGCAUUUUUCACUACACAAUGGGCGGCUCUUUGAUACAUGUACAACAUGGCAAUAUCCAUCACUUAUAUUCUAAUCUAUUAUAUCCCCAAAUAAAUUUUUUAUUAUUAUCUAAAAUAAAACAGAAAUUGUCUACCAAUUAUUUAAGGACCAUUCAUUAAAUAAACAAUUAUUCAAUGACCCCUAUGUAACUUUGUUGGCCCAUAUCUGAUCAAUCCGACGAAACAAUAAUUCUUUUUGUGGCGUAUCGAAACUGCUUUGUUUAGUUUCAUCAUCACACCGACGGAUCAGAUAAAAAACUAAAAAGUCACCCCAUCGAAUGGCUCAGAAAGCGCCAAGUAGCCACGGGCGCCGCCUGAAGAACGACCACUUUUCUUUCUUUUUCUCGGCACCACAGAAAAUAUUUAAAGGGAAAAAAAAACAUUAGUUGCGGCCUGCGGACGGUCUUAGUUGUCAGUUGGAGGUACGCCACGUGGGCCGCCCAUUACCACGUUGCUUUGGAUUGGACAGUGGGGCCCAAAACUGAUCCUGUGAUGCCGGCCGUGAUGGAUGGAUGGGCUUUUUGCCUGAUCCAACUCCAAGACUUUGCCAUCGUGCUGUCACGAAGGAAUUUUUUGGUUCCAUAGAUGAACUUAUGCAUCUUCUAUAUUAAUCCGACGGCUUAAAGAGACCAAAGGUUGGGGGUGUUCUUAUUUCUCAAAGCAUUAGGUCUUCUAAGAAAAUAUUUUAGAGAGGUGUUGAGAAGUGGGGUUCUAGGACUAGUAAAAAGUUGAGCCACAUAAUACUUUAGAUAUAUAGGGUUUAGUACGAUCCUAUAAGUUUAGGAUCUCAUACUAUCAUCGAUGUUAGCUCACUUAACGACCCCAAUCAAUUCAAAGUUCAUUAGAUACACAAGUUUUAGUGUUAGUAAAUCUUUAACGACCCCAGUGAGCUCAAAGUCUAUUGAUAGGUAAAAUGAGAUUUGAUGCAUUAAUACGACAACAAAAAAGGGUGUCAUAUUCUUGAUAGGUGAGAUGAACUAUAUGGCAAAGUUGAUCUCUCAAUCAAUAUUUGAUCGGAUCCACUUUGUUAUUGAAUGUGAUCGUCUAAUUAUCAGUGGCGAAACUGUAUGAGAAGUUCAUGAGAGGCUACACUACCCCUUUCAAUAUAUUAUAUGAGGCUAUAAUGUGUGUAUUCAAAUGUUGUAAAAAUAUUAAAAAGUGUUAGAAUUAGCACUAUUCACGAUCCUUUUCUGAUAAUUAUAUUUAAUCUUACGAAACUGCUGUCAUUUCUUCUUUUUAGUCAAUUAUAUCAUAAUAAAUAAUUAAAUAUUGACAUCAGUUAGCAACUUGAAUUUCUGGACUAAAAAAUGAAAUAUGUAGGCACAUACCAAAAAACAAAAUUGAUUAGGAUUCUUGAUCUGUGAUUCAAUUAGCAAGUUUUUUUCUUGGUACAGGAAAGUUCCACAUGGAAGUUGCCCAAAUCGCAUCACGAUGGGGAAUAAGAAAAGGACCAAAAAGAAGAAGAACGACCUUUGGGUUUCCUGAAAGGGUGCUUAAAAUGGAACCCUAGAUUUGGCUGAUUUGCAUUAUUUGGGAUAGGGACACGAGUCUAGUUGGACAAGUGGAGCUGCUUAUCUGGCUGGAUCUGAAAGGUGUUCGAUGAAGCUGCCAAAAGAAUGAGAGUGAGGUGGAAUUCUUUCUUAUUUUCGGUAUAUAAUAAAUAAAUAAAUAAAUGAAAGAGAUUUGGAUUUGGAUUAGGAAUAUUGUCCACCGCAUCAUAGAAUUGACAUCUCCUAUUUUAAGCUUUGCAACCACGCUCUUUUAGUUCUUGUAGUUCAAAUUGAGUAAUCGCAUAUGGUUAGGGGAAGUUACCAGUAUAUGUCACUAAUUUUUCAAUAAGUAAUCGAUUUGAGGAUUGCAAGAUGUAAUUGGUGAUAGAAUAAUAAAUGUAUGGUAAUGCCUUUUUACUAUAGGAAAAGUUUGUAGCGGUUAGGAUCAAUUGAUCUAGCCAAGUAUGAUAGGCUCAUAACGAGCCCAAUAGGACAGGUAGGGUUUAAAAUGAAUCAAACACACAAUCUUAUCAGUCUCAGUCUCACAUCUCAUAGUAAGAUUAGGAGAUGACAAGGGGAAAGCAGUCAAUUGUAAGGUCGAACAUAUCUAACUGUCAAAAUCUUAAUUGAAUCAUUCACUAAUUAAUGAUCUCUCGUUGUCCUCACAAAAAUAACUAUUCAUUAUUAUCUUCAAUUUUUUCAUUCUAAAAUUUUCUUUACUAAUUUGAUGGUCGAAAUUAACUUUUAAACUCCGACCAGUAAAGAACUUAUUGUUCUUGUGGAGCUAAUGCCUAUCAAUAAUCCACCAAGAUGCUUCAUACCCAAAACAGAGCUACAUGCAAGGUGUAGUAGACCUAGAAGAUUGUAGUCUGUAGAUGCAGAUUUCACGUGCAUGCAACAACUAUAAUUAUUUCCUUGAUUUCCAGUUUUCCACAACCAUAUCUGGAAAAAUGAAGUUAUAAGGAAAAGGACCUUUCUUAUUGCAUUUCAUUUUGAACAAAAAUUUAUGUGCUAAAUUCAUCCAAAAGGUCAAUUAAUGACCCCACAAUUUGGAAAGUUACAUUACCAACUACCCUUUUAUAAAAUAAUCAACCAAGCCACUUGUUCCAUUACAACUUGAUCCACCUCCCCAAUUUGCUUCUAAUUCAUCCAAAAUAUAAUUUUAAUGAUAAUUAUUAUAAUAGUAAUAAUAAGCACAAUCAUUACAAAAAAAAAAUUAAAUGUAAGAAUUUUUUGCCCAUUGGGAUCAUCACAAAAUUAAUUAAUAAAGGAAAUGUGGCCACCUUUUGUACCUUCCCACAACUAAACCUUAACUUUUAUAAACUAGUUCAUCUAUUUCCUUGAUCUGAUCAAUACAAGAAUGGAGAAUGGAAUACAAUCAAUACAUGUAUGAAUACAUUACUAAACCCAAUGAGACAAAAUUAUACAAGAUCUAGACUUGCUUACCUUUACACUACUACUAUAUAAGUUCCUGCUCAUUUGGCUCUAUGUUCCCAUUUCUUAGUAUUUUUAAAUCAUGAAAUAGCCUCCACUCUUUCUACUCACCCUUAAGCAUCAUCACCACAAUCAUUAUCUCCUCUGCCUUCAUUGCUCUGCCUGCUUCUGUUGCUGCUCCAUCAAUGGAGGAAGACCAUUUCUGCACAUCCCAAUUGCCAGCAGAAAAGCAAGCACCAGCAAUGGAAGAAAGAGAUCCAGAGAGCAACAGCAGCACACUCCAAGAGCCACUCCUGAAGAGAAACAGAACACUCUCUUCAACCCCAUUGGCAAUUGUUGGCACUAAGGUGUCCCAUAUAGAGAGCUUGGACUAUGAGAUCAAUGAGAAUGAUCUGUUCAAGCAUGAUUGGAGGAGUAGAUCCAAAGUCCAAGUGCUGCAGUAUGUGUUCCUGAAAUGGUCACUGGCUUUCCUUGUGGGAGGCUUGACAGGUUUAAUUGCCACUCUCAUUAACCUUGCUGUGGAGAAUAUUGCUGGGUACAAGAUUCUGGCUGUUGUCAACUUGAUCAAGGAAGAAAGGUAUUUGACAGGGUUAGCGUUUAUGACUGGAGUCAAUCUGGUGUUGACAGCUUUUGCAGCUGUGUUGUGUGUGUUCUUUGCACCAACUGCAGCUGGACCUGGGAUCCCUGAGAUCAAAGCUUAUCUUAAUGGGAUUGAUACACCAAACAUGUUUGGUGCCGCUACUUUGCUUGUUAAGAUAUUUGGAAGCAUUGGAGCAGUCUCCGCAGGGCUAGACCUUGGGAAAGAAGGCCCUCUAGUCCACAUCGGCAGCUGCAUUGCCUCCCUGCUUGGACAAGGAGGACCAGACAACUACCGCCUCAAGUGGCGAUGGCUUCGAUACUUCAACAACGACAGGGACAGGCGAGACAUCAUAACCUGUGGAGCUUCAUCAGGUGUGUGUGCAGCUUUCAGGUCUCCAGUUGGUGGCGUGCUAUUCGCCCUCGAGGAAGUCGCCACCUGGUGGAGGAGUGCAUUGCUGUGGAGGACUUUCUUCAGCACAGCUGUGGUCGUGGUGAUCCUCAGAGCAUUCAUCGAGAUCUGCAAUUCGGGGCGAUGUGGACUGUUUGGGAGUGGUGGGUUGAUCAUGUUUGAUGUGAGCAGUGUGGAAGUGAGGUAUCAUGUGAUGGAUGUCAUACCAGUGGUAUUGAUUGGGGUCAUUGGUGGAGUUCUGGGGAGUCUGUACAAUUAUCUGCUUCACAAGGUGCUUAGGCUGUACAAUCUCAUCAACGAGAAAGGAAAGUUUCACAAGCUGCUCUUAGCCUUAACUGUCUCUAUCUUCACCUCAGUGUGUCUCUACUGCCUCCCAUUCCUAGCGAAAUGCCAGCCCUGCGACCCUUCUCUGCCUGAGAUAUGUCCAACGAACACAAGGUCAGGCAACUUCAAGCAAUUCAACUGCCCAGAUGGGCACUACAAUGACCUUGCAACUCUCCUUCUUACCACGAAUGAUGAUGCAGUGAGGAAUAUCUUCUCCACCAACACUCCAACCGAGUUUCAGCCGAUGUCUCUGGUCAUUUUCUUCAUUCUGUACUGCAUUCUAGGACUGUUCACUUUUGGCAUUGCUGUACCUUCUGGCCUUUUCCUCCCGAUCAUCCUAAUGGGAUCCGCUUACGGCCGCCUGCUUGCACUCGCCAUGGGAUCUUACACCAAAAUCGACCAAGGCCUUUAUGCAGUGCUCGGUGCAGCUUCACUCAUGGCUGGAUCAAUGAGAAUGACGGUCUCCCUUUGUGUGAUUUUCCUCGAACUGACCAACAACCUCUUGUUGCUCCCCAUAACAAUGAUAGUUUUACUCAUAGCGAAAUCUGUAGGGGAUAGCUUCAAUCCAAGCAUAUACGACAUAAUCCUGGAGCUGAAAGGAUUGCCGUUCUUGGAUGCUAAUCCUGAGUCGUGGAUGAGAAACUUCACAGUUGCUGAGCUUGUUGAUGCCAAAGAGCCAGUAGUUACCUUAUGUGGAGUAGAGAAGGUAUCGAAGAUUGUUGAUGUGCUUAGAAACACAUCCCACCAUGGGUUUCCAGUUGUGGAUGAAGGAGUUGUGCCGCCAUUGGGAGUUGCAGCAGCAGGAGCAACUGAGAUACAUGGGCUGAUUCUAAGAGCUCAUCUGGUUCAAGUGUUGAAGAAGAAGUGGUUCCUGCAAGAGAAGAGAAGAACAGAUGAGUGGGAAGUACGGGAAAAGUUCUCCUCGGUUGACCUGGCUGAGAGAGAAGGCAGGAUUGAAGAGGUGGCAGUGACCAGGGAAGAAAUGGAAAUGUACGUAGAUUUGCAUCCUCUAACCAAUUCAACUCCUUUCACAGUGGUUGAAAGCAUGUCAGUAGCAAAGGCAAUGGUGCUCUUCAGGCAAGUCGGGCUUCGGCAUUUGCUUGUGGUUCCUAAGUAUCAAGCUGCAGGGAUUCCUCCAGUGGUUGGCAUUCUGACGCGGCAGGAUCUAAGGGCACAUAACAUUUUGACAGCCUUCCCUCAUCUGGCAAGAUCCAAGAGCAGAGGAAAGCACAACUAAACCUCAAAAUAUCGAGCUUCCUAUUUCCGAAAUAAGAUUCCUAUUCUUUCAAUCAAUUUUUACAGUGGGU